AUGGCCACCCGGUCGCGCAAAGGAUGCAUCGACUGCAAGAAGGCCAAAGUCAAAUGCGACGAGGUGCAUCCGUCGUGUGGGACCUGCACUCGCCGGCGCCGCCAGUGCAGCGGCUACGGUCGGCCAUCAUCCACCCGCGAAUGCAGCACCGUAUCAUUCAGGCGCUCGCCUGCUUCGCCAAAUUCGGUUGCAUCGAGACGUAGACCGUCAGUGGCAUCUGACGCCUCUUCCUCCCCUUCAUUCACUCUGACGGAAGAUGGAGGGCGGACGCACAAAGCUCCAACCGACAUGUGGGUCGUCAACACACCGAGUGCGACAACAUGGAGCAACGCAGCAGACUACAUGCGAUUGAUGGUCCUAGAAGCAUCAGCCAAAGCGGCGUCACCUAUGAAUGGACCCACUUUAAUUCCCAUGAGCGAGAUCCUCGCUGCAGAUAAACCUUUCAUUGAAGUAUACUUCAUGAGACACCCUUCGGAAAUGGUCAUGAGUAACGACUUUUUUAUCAACGAGAUGAACGGAGCAGUAAUUUCUCUUCUACAACAAAGUCCCACGGCGGUCGGUGACUCUCUGGCUGCAAUCGGAGAAAAUUACGUCAAAGAGGCCGUGAAUUCUGCCUUGGUAUCGAGUCGCAAGAUGCGUCUUCUCAGUCGGCUACGGCUGAUUAAUGAGGCGGGAAACAGUCCAGAAUUAGUUCUGAUGCUUCUCCUUGCGCUCUGUGGAGUCGAGGUAUGUGGCGUCGAGGCAAAGUAUCAUUGA